AUGCGCCACAAGGGGGAUUUCUCUGUACGCUUUGUCAUACGCCACGGUGACACAGCGCCUGUCCCACUACUAUUGCCAUUCCCCACCUCUUCCGUUGCGCGCGCUGUCGGCCCCCUCCCCCUCGACUCGAGGUCCACCGUGUACUUCGGGAUCCUCGUCUCCCCUACUCCCCCUCCUCUGCCUUCUCUUUCCUUUUCCUCUUUCUCCCUAGUCCAGCACCUCAAUUGCUUCCGAUCUGCCAUCCCCUCGAAGUUCGGCAAACAGAUUCAGCGCCGGCAGCUAGAUCUCCCUGAAUAUGCGGCUAGCUUUGUCAAUUACAAGGCGCUGAAGAAGCUGAUCAAGCAACUCAGCGCCACUCCGACAAUCCCUGCGCAACGGACAGCCGAAGAGAUUGCCCAGGAUGGGACAUUGGAUCCACAAGCCGCACUCCGCGCCAACAAGGAAGUCUUCUUCUUCCGCUUGGAGCGGGAGAUUGAAAAAGUCAACGCCUUUUAUCUGCAGAAAGAGUCCGAGUUCUCAUUGCGAUUGAAAACACUGGUCGACAAGAAGCGUAUGAUCCAGUCUCGAACGAUCUCGAAUUCCAAAGCCCCGUCAAAUUUCGUGGCGCUCUUCGAAGGCUUCCAGCAAUUUGACGGCGACCUUAACAAGCUGCAGCAGUUUGUGGAGAUCAAUGAAACAGCGGUAUCUAAGAUCCUGAAGAAAUGGGACAAGACGUCCAAAUCCCGGAUGAAGGAACUUUAUCUGCACCGGGCCGUCGAGGUACAACCGUGUUUCAACCGCGAGGUUCUUCGUGAUCUAUCGGAUCGUGCGACAACCGCUCGGCUGGAGUUGGAGGCUUGGGCCGAGGGAGAAAAUCUACAGUUUGACACAUCCCGGCCGUCCGAGCGUCCCGCUGGCUCGGCCUUUGGCUCAGAGGAGGAGGAGCUGGAUCUGCAAGUUUUGCAGUCUGCCUCGACUGGAAACUUGCAAACCCUGCGCGAAUGGGUGACGAAGUUAUACUCCCUCACAGAUGCUCGUGACCGAGCCACCCGAACCUUCCUGACGGCAAUCAACGGAUUUUCGGAUGAGAUCCUUACGCUCCUGCUGGAAAGUGGGCUGGUAGAUAUUCACGCGGAGGAUGAUAUUAACGAACGGAAUUGUCUCCAUGAGGCUGCCAUCUCCGGACGUGAUUUCGUUUUCAAAGCCGGCCUGGCGGCAGCAGUGGACAUCUCUCGGUCUGAUGUGUAUGGGCGAAUUCCUCUUCACUAUGCAUGUAUGCACGGCCGCGUGAAUAUGGUCCGAGAGCUUCUUGUAGCGGGACCGCAUACUGUUGAUGUGAUGGACCAUGAUAACUUUACCCCGUUGAUCCACAGCAUCGUGAAGAAUCAACUAGCAUGUGCUGAACAGGUGUUAUGCAGCAAUGCUCGUAUCGAUCCAACCUCGGAUUCGGAUCAUAUCCCGUUGAACCUGGCCUGUCAGCAUGGCUCGAUACCUAUCGUCAAGAUGCUACUGGAGCGCAACGCUCGCUUAUUACCCGAUGCAGAAGGCCUUUACCCUCAACAUAUGGUAGCUCGUGCUUCACAGUUACCCGAACUACUGCUGCUGUUGAAACAGCAUGGUGCCGAUCUAGAUCAACGAGACAAACUCUAUCAGUGGACUCCAUUAUUUCAUGCGGCCAGCGAAGGCUGUGUGCCUUGCCUUCGUACCCUUCUCGAAUUGGGUGUAGAUGCCAAGGUUGCCGACGAAAAGGGCCUGUCGGCCAUGUACUAUGCUGCAUGGGAAGGACAUCUGGAGUGUAUGCUACUUCUAUGGGCUCAAUCGUCGAACAAACGACCGUCCCAGCGGCCACUGGACAUUUUAAAUGGGGUGCAGUUUCAGGAAGCUGGCUUCAUGGAGGAUUCGGGUGCCAUGCGGCGAACUAGCUCAGCCGAGUUGGACAUGGCCGAUGGCAUUCCGGAUCUCUCGUUGCCUCCUCCCAUCAUUCCCCUGCGGCGCUACGGUCACAACUUCCUUGAUAAGAAGGUUUUUGUACAGCUGCUCUUCGACCAAGGCAGCUCGGGCUCGAUUGCCUUUGACCAGGCGGGCCGCCAUCCUGCUGCCCGAUUGACAAUUUCCUCCAAGCUCUCCGACCUAAUUCCUCGCACAAUAGUUCUUCCCAUCCAAGAGGAUUCCCGAACGAUAUCAUUCCAUGUGGACAACCUGGACACCUUCGCAGUGGACUUCGAGAUUUUCCCUACCUUUGGCUCCAAGGUGAUCGCGAAAAGUGUGGCCUUGUCAGUGAUCUUCAGGGCCGAGCAAUCUAGUACCGGUUCAUGUUGCCUGCCUCUCUUCGAUCCGCGACUUCGUGCCAUAGGGCAAUUGCGCUUCAACUUUCAAGUCAUUAAGCCAUAUCAUGGUGAUCCUUUGGAGAUUACUCACUUCGCAACCUAUUGGAAAGCAACCAGUGCCCUCGACUCUGAGCAUAAUGGGCUAGUCACUGGCUCUAGUCUAUCAGGAGAUUACGUACAGCUGUUCGUGCAAUUAACGCGAGACCGCAUACCAGUACUUUACCCACAAUUCAUGAUCAAUCACCAUGGAAUUGAGAUCCCAGUCUGCCAGCUAUCAUAUGCCCAAUUCCAACAACUUGGUGUCGACAGGGGAGUGAACCAGAAUGAAAUCUUGCAAUUUUUGCAAACCCAUGCAAUCAACGAUAUGUCGCAGGCGCACCGACUGCUGGCCGCAUCUUUCAUGUCCCUUCGAGAUGUCCUGCGGCAUCUACCAAUCGACCUGAAUAUCAAUCUUUCAAUUCUCUACCCAUCUGGCGCUGAGGAGAAGCUGCUUGCCAUGACCUCCUUGGCAGAUGUGAACAGUUUUGCCGAUGCAAUCCUAACAGAUGUUUUCGACCACGCUCGUGUGGCCCGCGAAAAGAAUCCCGACUUUAUGCGUUCUGUUGCAUUCACCUCUUAUAAUGCUAAUAUUUGUACUGCACUCAACUGGAAGCAACCAAACUGUAAGUUUCUCUCAUUCAUUAAGCGACGACAUUCAUUUCCUGACUGCUCUCGCCUAGAUCCGGUCCUACUUUGCAAUGACCUUGGACAAGCUCGUGACUUGGCCCGUAACCUCGACUCUCCUUCCCACGUUAACAGUAGUGGACGUGCUUCCAUGUCGAUCAAAGAAUCUGCUCGAAUUGCCCAGAGCAACAACUUCAUGGGUCUGAUCUGUCGGUCGAGUCUUUUGAAUGUUGUUCCGGCACUUGUUGAGACCAUCAAAGAGCUUGGUCUUGUGUUGGUGGCUGACACCUCGGAUGAGGUCGGCCAGCUCGAUCGCAAUGACCCCUUGUCCACAACCGACACCAUGGGUGUCGCUGAAUGGGCAUAUCGGAUGCCUGAUGGUGUGAACGGCGUCAUGAAAGCCAACGGCAUCUUACGAUUCAAUGACAUGAUCGACAUGUAA